CUCGAUCGGACGCUUCGGACGUCAGCUCUGCGCGGGGCUGCUGCUGGGUGGCACCUCCGUGUCCCCGGGCAGCUCGGGGCAGCUGGCGGAGACGGAGCAGUCGGAGCUGCCCCCGGACUCGGCGCUGGCCGCACUGGUGGUGCAGGGAGGGCUGGACCAUGAGCAUCCAUCCCAGCUGGCCCCAUCUGAGAAAGAGGGAUUUGGGAAGGGGCUGCAGCAGGGAUGGAAGCUCAGGGCAGCCCUGGACUUCGUGGUGGAGGAGGACCUGAAAGCCCAUCUGACGUGCUGGUAUAUUCAGAAAUACGUCAAGGAGAACCCGCUGCCGCAAACAGACCCUGAAUUGUGCUUGGAGUUUGUGUAUAAGACCCAGCACAAUGACAGCCAGGGCGCACAACAGAACCGCUUGUUCCCGGGGAGAUGCUCUAACGAGCUCCAGAAAAAGCAGCUCUCGUGUGAGCGCCGCCAGCUCUGUGGGCUUCUCUGCACCCUUAAAGAUCUCUCCUUUCCCUGCCUGCGCUGCUCAGAUUUCUGGGUCACCUUGUCCUCCACGGACUGCUACAUCGUGCACGAGAUCUACAACGGCGAGAACGCGCAGGACCAGUUUGAGUACGAGCUGGAGCAGGCGCUGGAAGCGCAGUACAAGUACAUCGUGAUAGAGCCCACGCGCAUCGGCGACGAGACGGCCCGCUGGAUCACGGUGGGGAACUGCCUGCACAAGACGGCCGUGCUCGCGGGCACCACCUGCCUCUUCACCCCCUUGGCGCUUCCCGUCGAUUAUUCCCACUACAUCUCGCUGCCCGCCGGCGUGCUCAGCAUGGCCUGCUGCACCCUCUACGGCAUCUCGUGGCAGUUCGAUCCGUGCUGCAAGUACCAGGUGGAGUACGAUGCCUAUAAACUUUCCCGCCUGCCCCUGCAUACGCUCACCUCGUCCACCCCGGUGGUGCUGGUGAGGAAGGACGACCUGCACAGAAAGAGACUGCACAACACGAUAGCACUCGCUGCCCUGGUGUACUGUGUAAAGAAGAUCUAUGAACUCUACGCCGUAUGACUUCAGCAGGCAAGAGAGAAACCUGCAAAGACAAGUGUAUUAAGACUCCCACAGUAACAUUUUGUUUUUCCUCUUUGAGAAGCGGUGGAGACUGGGAAGGAGUUGGUUUAAUAGAGAUGUUAUUUUUUAAAUAACACAUCACAGGUGCACCAAGGUUUUUCAGUUCUUUGUUACACUUAAGAUGUGGAUGUGCGGUGAUGUGAGCGAGCUGUAUGUUAGGCCAUGGGAGUCUAAUCCAGCAGUGGAAUGUCAGGGAAAGAAAGAUAUAUAAAGAAAGGGGGGAGGGAGGAGAGCUUUUUUGGAAACAUUUAAGUAUAUUGUUUAAUUGUAUUACACAGAACCAGCCAGAAGUUAUCAUUGACCAUUAAAGGAUGAGAAUUUC